AUGAUAUUGAUUUCAAUUAUCACCCUAAAUGUGGCCCCCCUAAAGAUCACCCAUUUAGCUUUUGCGGGUGAUUUGAUGCUCUUUACUAGGGGAGAUGUCAUGUCGGUGAAAAUUCUUUUGGAUUGCCUCUCAAAAUUUGGUUUGGUAUCGGGUUUAAGGUUAAACAUCCUCAAAUCCAGUUUGUAUACGGCGGGGAUUCAUGGACAACUACUUGAGGAUAUCUUGGAACUCACCAAUGUCCCGAGGGGUAGUAUGCCAUUUCGGUAUUUGGGCAUCCCACUUGCUUCGGGAAAACUGAAAAUAAGUUGUUAUGCUUCAUUUCUUGACAAAAUUACAACUUAUAUUGGUGCAUGGAAUUGCUUUUCAUUAUCUUAUGUGAGAAAAGUGGAACUUAUAAGGGCGGUUCUUCAAGGAGUUAAAUGUUUUUGGCUUUUUAUCUUCCCUAUCCUGGCUACAAUUAUAUUAAGAAUUGUUAGCCAUUGUCAAAAAUUUCUUUGGGGAUCUAAAAAGCCUUUGGUUGCAUGGAAGGAUCUUUGCCUUCCAAAAGAGAAAGGGGGCCUUGACUUGAAGGAUUUGAAGAGUUGGAAUUUAGCACUACUUGCUAAAUCCCUUUGGAACAUACAACGUAAAAAGGACACACUUUCGAUUCGAUGGGUCCACCAAGUGUAUCGUAAAGGAGCUUGCAUUUGGGAGAUUAGUCCUAGAAAAGAACACUCUCCACUCUUUAAAAAACUGCUGGAUAUCAUAAAUUUACUGCUUCAAAGAAUUUUGAAUCUGUCGACUGCUCAAAACAGGGAUCUGAAUAUGGGAGAAAACAUAGGCCGUGGACAGGAAAAUCUGGAUAGUUCUAUGGGCUUGCAAACCGCCCAAACCGGGGGCCAAAAUCUGGGAUUCUUGGACAGUUUUUUCAUUGGAGAAAUGGGCGCAAAAUUCAGCACGAAAAUGGCAUAUAGGCUGAGGGGUACAAAAAAGUUUUGGGCGGCCGACGUUUGGAAAGCUUACAUCACUUUGAAACACUCUUUUUUGCUUUGGUUAGGGGCCCAAUCAAAGCUCCUAGCUAAAUACAAAUUGCUUUUCUUGGAUAUUGACCGCAUGUGUGAAUUUUGUGGGCAUAAAGAGGAAAUGGUUCAUCGCUUAUUUUUUGAAUGUUCUUCACUUCGACAUUAUGGAGAAAUAUUACUAUGGCUUGGAAUCAGAAAAUCUAUGUCUACACUUGCUAGUGCUCUCAAGUGGUUAAAAAAGGAGACCCGUGUGACUUCAUGGCUUAGUAUGGCUAAGCGGAUUGCACUUGCAAGUACCGUCUACUACAUUUGGCUUACAUGCAAUAGAAAGAUUUUUGAAGACCUGUCACCUAAUUUAGAUUGUGUUGUGAGACGGAUCAAGACACACGCGGGAAGGGUCAUUGGGGUGUUUCUUUUUGGAGUGAUUCUUCAAGCUAGGUGA